AGGAGAGGCGGGCGGCGGCGCCAAUCAGGGCGGCAGCCGGCGCUCGGCGGAGCAGUUGGCUACAGUUGUUGCAACUUUUUUCGAAAGCCGCGUUUCCCGGGAGAUCCUAGGCGGUGACAGAGCCAGGCUAUGGCUAGAGGCAGGAAGAUGUCCAAGCCCCGCGCGGUGGAGGCGGCGGCGGCGGCGGCGGCGGUGGCAGCGACGGCCCCGGGCCCGGAGAUGGUGGAGCGGAGGGGCCCGGGGAGGCCCCGCACCGACGGGGAGAAUGUAUUUACCGGGCAGUCAAAGAUCUAUUCCUACAUGAGCCCGAACAAAUGCUCUGGAAUGCGUUCCCCCCUUCAGGAAGAGAACUCAGUUGCACAUCAUGAAGUCAGAUGCCAGGGGAAGCCAUUAGCCGGAAUCUACAGGAAACGAGAAGAGAAAAGAAACACUGGGAACGCAGUUCGAAGCACCAUGAAGCCCGAGGAACAGAAGAUCAAAGACGCCAGGAGAGGUCCCCUGGCACCUUUUCCAAACCAAAAAUCUGAAGCAGCAGAACCUCCAAAAACUCCGACCUUGUCUUGUGAUUCUCCCAACGCAGCCGUCGGCAAGCAAGCCCUCAAAAAGCCCGUCAAGGGCAAACAGGCCCCCAGGAAAAAAGCUCAAGGAAAAACGCAGCAGAAUCGCAAACUCACGGAUUUCUACCCUGUGCGAAGGAGCUCCAGGAAGAGCAAAGCCGAGCUGCAGUCCGAAGAAAGGAAAAGAAUAGACGAAUUGAUUGAAAGUGGGAAGGAAGAAGGAAUGAAGAUUGACCUGAUUGAUGGCAAAGGCAGGGGCGUGAUAGCCACCAAGCAGUUCUCCCGGGGCGAGUUUGUGGUGGAAUACCACGGGGACCUCAUUGAGAUCACCGACGCCAAGAAGCGGGAGGCUCUGUACGCACAAGACCCCUCCACGGGCUGCUACAUGUACUAUUUUCAGUAUCUGAGCAAAACCUACUGCGUGGAUGCAACUAGAGAGACGAAUCGCCUGGGAAGACUGAUCAAUCACAGCAAAUGUGGGAACUGCCAAACCAAACUGCACGACAUCGACGGCGUGCCUCACCUCAUCCUCAUCGCCUCCCGAGACAUCGCGGCCGGCGAGGAGCUCCUGUACGACUACGGGGACCGCAGCAGGGCUUCCAUCGAGGCCUACCCCUGGCUGAAGCAUUAAUGCACCGGCUCCCCACCCCCAUGGACAAAGUGCCCUCAAAGGGAAUUGAUUUUUUUUUUUUUUUUACACACUUAAUCUUAGCAGAUGACUUCAGAUGUUUUUAAAAAGUAUAUUAAGAUGCCUUUUCACUGUAGUAUUUAAAUAUCUGUUACAGGUUUCCAAGGUGGACUUGAACAGAUGGCCUUAUAUUACCAAAACUUUUAUAUUCUAGUUGUUUUUGUACCUUUUUUGCAUACAAGUUGAACGUUUGUGCUUCCCGUGCAUGCAGUCAAAGACUCAGCACAGGUUUUAGAGGAGAGAAUCGAACAUGAACUAGGAAGCUGGGCGAUGCUCCUGCCUCCAGCUGCAGAGCCAGGACUCCUCCCCACACCCCUGACGGGUGCGAGGAAGAUGCUGCCUCCCGAAGCCCUGGACGGGAUGUUCCCAAGCUCUUGUUUUCCUGACGUCUCGACAGGCGCACAUUGAAGUGUAUGAAUAUUUUUUAAAAAGGUUUCGCAGUAAGCUAGUCUUCCCCUCUGCUUUCUCGAAAGCUUACUGACCCGGUGGCCCGUGAGUACGGGCUGGGCCUAGACUUACUCUUCCACAGGCUGCCACUUUUCCGGGCACCUCGAAGCAUCAGGGCGGGUAAUAAAGUAGACGUGGGCAGGGAAAAGCAUUGCUUACCUAGCCCUGCCGGGGCAGGGUUUCCUGAAACUGGGUUAAUUCUUUAUAGAAAUGUGAACACUGAAUUUAUUUUAAAAAAAUAAUAAAAAUCAAAAAAAGAAAAAAGACAAAAAAAAAAAGAGAAAAACCACAGAAAACAACUUACGUGUAUAUAGGUCUUGAAGUGAGUGAAGUGGCUGCAUUUUUUUCUUUUCUUUUUCUUUUUUUUUUUUUUGUAGAAGAGAUUUGAGAUGGUACUCUAUUCUAAUCAAAAAUAAAGUUUUGUAGUGGGACCAGAAAUUACUUACCCGAUCCCCUCCCCCGACCCCACCCGACCCUGAUUCUGCUGGGUUGAAAGUUUCAGACCUGCUGUCAAGGCUGUCUGUCUGUCAGACCACCUGGUUUCCUUCCCUUGAAGAUGCAGCCAUGAACCGAGGGGUGAGCCUCCAAGCCCUGAAAUGCAGGACCCCCAUGCCGCCUGCUGGUGCUCAGGGGAGCGGGCAGGCCCAGCAGCCCAGGGAUCCAGGCUAAGGCUGAAGUUUUCACCUCGACUGUGAUGGCAGGAGGAGUAGGUAGCUGCCUCCUCCCUCCCAAAGGGGGACUGAUUCCCACUCUUAACCUGCAGCCCCGGGGGGGCUGGGGCUCUGCGGCCAAGACCCAGGGCCUCCCACCCCCACCCCGCGGCCCCAGGUAAAUGUGAAUGGAGACAGGCAAUGAAAGCCUGUCCUCAACCUUGAUGCCCCCAGGUCCCCACCCCCACCCUCCCCUCCCCGGCCUCAUGACGGUGCUACCUAAGAAAGUCUUCCCCCGACCCCAUACUUGCCUGGUCAGUGGUCAGCAAAUUGGAGGAGGAUCCGACGGGAGUGUGUUAAUGUGAGAUAAAAUGUCUUGGUUGUACCUGUUUGUGGCUUAGCUUUGUAUUUAAAAACAAAAAAAGAAAUAAACUUGAAAAUUAUUUGUCAUCAUAAAAAUGAAACAAAAAUUAAAAUAUUUAUUGCCAGGCGAAA